ACCAUUUCCGACUGGGCUAAUUUGGAAUCAGCUCGCUUAUUUGCACCGCGGCGUGUGUGUGAACGCUAUUUAUACCCGGUACUUUCUAUCCCAUCAUUCCAAGCGAUCGUAUCAACAUCCGGCAGUGAGCGGUGCUAGUGCUCGUACUGACGACAUGUUUAUUUCAUCUUUCAUUUUCAUCUUUCAUUUUUACCGUGGUCUGAAUUAAUUAACCGUAAAUCUGUUAACUGUGCGAUUGUGACGUGAUGCCGAAAUCGAAAGCUGGUACAAAGGCAGUAUCUGGAUCUGGAGGGGCUCACUGGAAGCAUGAAGAAGUGGUAACCCUUAUAAAUGUAUGGGGAGAAGAAGAGAUUUUCCGUGAAACGAAGGACACGAGGAUGAAGAGGAAGCCGGUGUAUAUUGAAAUAAGCAGACGCUUGGCAGCGAUCGGAAUUUUGAGAGACGUGUCCCAAAUAAAAUAAAAAAUAAAAAACUUGAAAUGGGAGUUUAAGCUAAUCCUUAAACAGAACAACAAGUCGGGCAACGACAGAAAAACAAUGAAGUUUUACAACGAACUGAACAGUUUCCUUGGACACCGACCGGCCAACAACCCUCCAAGUGGCUCAGUUUUAGAGACAGCGACGGUGUCUAGCCCUGACACUCCUAGUACUAGUACCAGCGACACCAGUGACCGGGAUCUUCCAGAGACGCUGUCCAACUUUAAGACAGAACAAUCUGAUCCAGAUAAUGGCUUCUCUGAUAUUG